UUUUUAUAUUUUAUAUUUUAUACUUUUUAUACUUCCACCCCCACUAGUAUCGAUUUCCUCAUCAAAAAGCCCUCAAAUCUAACUGGUUGACGAAUCUAAAACCAAAAUUUGUCGAUUCCGUUUGAUUUCCUUGGUUUGUGUGGAAAAUUUCAGCUGAGCAAUGAAUGGAGAUGCAAAAAGAAAUGGAGUAAAUGAUAAGAAUGAGAAGCAAAAUGAGGUUUUAAUGUGGGGUUAUUUCCCGGGAGUAGCAGAACAACGAUCUUCGUUGACUUCUCCGGCGAGUGUACGGUUUCCGGAGACGGAGGUAGUUAGGGACUCGUGGAAGGAUGUUAGUGCCGGCGGAUGCGGCUUCGGCAUGGCUAUUUCCGCCUUUGGAAAAAUAGUUACAUGGGGUUCAGCUGAUGAUCAAGGCCAAAGCUAUUUGACAUCGGGGAAGCAUGGGGAGACUCCAGAUAUAUAUCCUCUUCCAACUGCUGAUCUGAUUUUGCAAGCUGCUGCUGGUUGGGCUCACUGUGUUUCAGUAACAAAUAAAGGUGGAGUGUACGCUUGGGGUUGGAAGGAAUGUGUUCCAUCUGGAAAUCUCACUCGCAGUUGGACUGGUAUCCAAAACUGCGAAGUUGAAACUUCUACAAAGCAAAGUUCAAGAAUAAUUGGACAAGGGAGCCCUCAGUCUCAUACUCCAAAAUGUACCAGCGGUUCAAUGUCUUGUCCGAAUGAUAAACUAUCUGAAGAUGGGACUACGAAGCGAAGAAAACUGGUGUCUCAACAAGAAUUUGAUCUACCGAUAGCUGCGGAUGAAACACUUUCAAUGCCGCCCUGUCUUGUAAACUUAGAUCCUGGGGUGAAGAUCACAUCAGUUGCGGCUGGGGGGCGUCAUACUCUAGCACUAUCAGAUGUGGGACAGGUCUGGGGAUGGGGCUAUGGAGGCGAAGGCCAGCUUGGUCUAGGAUCUAGGAUAAAAACAGUGGCUACUCCCCAUCUAAUACCUUGUACUGAGUUAUCAUCAAAGGGAAUAGACAGCGGUGCCACAAAUGCAGCAACUGAAAAAGGCAAAACUGCAGCAAGUUAUAUAAAGACAAUUGCCUGUGGAGGCAGGCACAGUGUAGUGAUAACAGAUGCUGGUGUGCUUCUUGCUUUUGGCUGGGGACAGUAUGGACAGUGUGGACAGGGGAACACUAGCGAUUUGCUGCGACCAACUUGUGUGCCUUCUCUAAUGGGCACUCAGAUUGCAGCGGUUGCAGCUGGACUUUGGCAUACAAUAUGCAUAUGUGCCGAUGGUCGUGUUCGUGCCUUUGGUGGAAAUCAGUUUGGGCAGUUGGGUUUGGGAACAAAUUCUGAUCAGUGUGAGGUUGUUCCGAGGCUUCUAAAUGCUUCAGUACUGGAGAAUAAGAAAGCCAAAUUGGCAUCCUCUGGAGCUCGUCACAGUGCUAUACUGACAGAUGAUGGUAAAAUAUUCUGCUGGGGAUGGAACAAAUACGGUCAGCUUGGUCUUGGAGACACAGUCGACAGAAAUAUCCCGUCGGAGGUGCCUCUGAAAGAUCACAUGCCGAAGAACGUUGCUUGUGGUUGGUGGCAUACACUCUCACUGUGUGAAAAAAUCUCCUUGUCUGAGUAGUUGGUUUGCAUUUAAAUAUUAAUGUCUUUAAUCUUGCUAUAGAAUGUUUACGUUUUUAUCGAAGUUUGUACGAGUGUGUCGGAUGUUUAUCUCUGGGUUAUGCAUUCAUCUCUGGCUUGCUUUUGCUUAGGUAAGAUUAGUUUGAUUUCGGAAAAUUAUAAUUUUUUAGUCACUGGUGAUGCAAUGGAUGACUUCAAUUCUGUAUUAGUAAACUAAUACAUUAAUGGAGUGGGUGUAGUGUAGUCAUCAAAUACUCAACAACAUUUGCGCGAUUAAUUUAAUUAAUAAUUAAUAUGCCAAUUGUAAACAAAUGUUAAA